AUGGCAUCGCCGGGUCCCGACGCCCCCGCGCAGGAGGCCAAGUCGCCUGCAACUGCGCCCGCGCCCGCGCCCGCGCCCGCUGCCCCCGCCUCCGAGCAGGCGUCGCAGCUCGAUGUUAAUGGCCAUGUUCCCUCCGAAGAACCCACAACAAAACCACAGCCCGACGUGCCGGCCCAGUCUGCCGCCGAGCACCCCGCCGAAAAGGACGUGCCCUCGCCGCCACCUGCCAAGUCCCCGCAGCCCGAGACGGAAAAGCCGCUGGUUAACGGCAGCGGAUCGACGGAGCAUGCAGAACCCAGCAAGCCCGCGAGCGAAGCGGACGCGAAACCUGCUCAGCCCGAGGCCCCGACCGCGAGCGAGAGCCCUGCACCGAAACCCACUGAGAGCCCCGCGCCGGCACUCGCUGAGGAUGCGCCCAAGGCGGCUGUAGAGACCGAAGCGCCGGGGCCCAAGGAGCCCGAACCCAAGGCGCCUUCUCCCAAGGCUUCCGAAGAGCCUGCGGCCGCUCCAGCGCCUGCGGCGUCCGGAGAUGUUGAGAUGGCCGACUCCGCCCUGGCCAAGGAUGAGCCCGCAGAGCCUACCCCCAAGGCCGUCGACGAGAAACCCGCUUCUGCAUCUCCAGUUGCCAAGGAGCCUGCUCCUGACACCGAAAUGGCCGACUCGCGCGCAGAGGAGCCAGUCACCGCCAAGCCCGAGAGCACUGACGAGCCUACUCCUUCGCAAGAUGCGGCUGCUCUCCCGAGCUCCGAGGUCGACUUGGGUCCCUCCCGCAUGUCCCAGCUCGCCAUCGAGACUGACGACAAAGAUACAUCUCUCGACGUGUCCAUGACCGACGCGCCUAGCACCAAGGUUGCUCGUGAGCGUGAGGAGGACACCGCCGAGGAACCUGCGCCGAAGCGAGCGAGGACGGAACCCAAGGAGGACGAACCGACAGACAAGGAGGCCGCCGCGGCACCCGCUGAAUCGACAGGCGACAGCAUCAACGCGGCCCCCCUCCUCGACAUGACGGCCGUGACCAGCCUGACGCGGUGGACCGACGCCGACACCAACGCCGCGACCAUAACCCCCUUCCAGCGACGCGAGAUCCGCAAGGUGAUUGGCCGCGUCAAGAAGACCAAGUCGGGCGCGCACUUCCGUGACUCGGUCCAGAAGCUCUGGCCUCAAGUGUGGGACGGCUAUGCCGCGCGCAUCGAGAAGCCCAUGGAUCUUGGCGAACUCGACCGGUCCGUGCGCGACCCCAACAGCCUCAUCGCGACGUGGGGCGACUUCAAGUCCACCCUCGUCCUCAUCUUCGAGAACGCCCUGGAUUUCAACGGCCCCGACCACACCAUCACGGCCGCGGCCGCGCAUGCGGUGAAGCUCGUGUGGGAGGACGCCGUCACGAUCCCGGCCGAGGAGCCCGUCAAGCCCAAGGCGGUGCCCAAGCCUAAGCCAGUGCGCGAGUCGCGGACCGUCGCCAGCGCCGAAGCCGUCACGCGACGCCAGUCUGCCGGACCGGCGGGAAGCCCCGACGCACCCGCGGCUGCCGCCCCUGCGCAAGACGCUCCCGUCGACCGUCGCAGCUCGACGGCCACCGACGGCGACAGGCCCAAGCGGACGGUGCGGGCGCCAAAGCCCAAGGACAUCGACUACACGACGAAGCCGUCGCGCAAGAAGCUCAAGCCGGAGCUACAGUUUUGCGACGAGGUCCUGGCAGAGCUGAUGGGUCCCAAGCACCACAACAUCAACAAGUGGUUCACGGAGCCCGUGGACGCCGAGGGCCUGGGCAUCCCGUCGUACUAUAGCGUCAUCAAGAAGCCGAUGGACCUCGGCAAGGUGCAGCGCAUGCUGGCCGGCGGCGAAAUCUCGAGCCUCAAGGAGUUCGACAAGAACGUGCGGCUCGUCUUCGAGAACUGCUACAAGUUCAACGGCCCGCCCGAGCAGGGCAACCCGGUGUCGGGGCUGGCGGCGCAGCUCGAGGACCUGUACGCGGGCCAGAUGAAGAACAAGGACUCGUGGCUCGCCAAGCACGCCAAGGCGAACGCGCCGGCGGCGUCGGCGUCCAACGCCAGCGACGAGGAAGAGGACGAGGACGACGGCGACGACGCCGCCGCGCAGGCGGCCGCGGCAGCCAAUAAGGACAUGGAGGAGCUCAAGGCCAGGCUGGACGAGGAGACGCAGAAGCUCAACGGCCUGCUCCUCAGCGGCAACCAGUCCAUCAUCACCAUGCAGCAGCAGAUUGUGCAGACGGUGCAGACCCUGGUGAUCGAGGCCGCUCAGAAGGCGCAGCAGUCCCGGGUCAAGCCGGAGAAGCCGGCCAAGAAGACCAAGGCCAGCAAGCCUAAGGCGGCGGGCGGCGCGGGUCGCAAGUCGACGGGUGGCGACAAGCCCAAGAAGGCAGCGGGUUCCAAGAAGGCGGCGUCUAGGAAGGACCUGUCGCCCGACGAGAAGAACCAGAUUGCCAACGCUAUCAACGACUUGGACUCGCCGCACCUCGACCAGGCCAUUGACAUUAUCAAGCACGACACUGGCCAGAAUGAAAACAAGGACGGCGAACUGGAGCUAGACAUUGACCAGCUGAGCAACGCGGCGCUGUUCAAGCUCUGGGACCUCUGCAAGAAGGCGCUCCCAGGCUUCGGUAAAGACUCAGCCGCAGCUCCCAACUCGUCGCCAGAAGUUAACCGGGCCGCCGCCAAGCAGGCUCCUAAGACGGCAGCGAAGCCCAAGAAGAACAAGCCCAUGAGCGCCAAGGAGCAGGAGGCGCGGAUCGCGGAGCUUAACGCCCUUAGGCAGCUGUACAAGUCGGGUCAAGAGCCUGCAGACGCUCCCAAGAUGACGCAGGCGCCAGUGGCCCUGGACGCUGCCGAUUCGAGCGACGACUCGGAUUCGGAAGAGGAGUGA